CAAUGCCAAGUUAUCUCUUAUGCUCCGGGAGUGGGUGAAAGUUGGUGCUGCGACCCAUUCCACACACAUACACACAUUUCGAUUUGGCGCGAGGAGACAAGAGCAACACGCGGGAAGACAGUGCAGCAAGAAGACCUCAGUGACGCUACCCUCAUACAGUGACAUGGCAGACAGGAGUGAGGCACAAGACUCGAGCAACAUCGAGAUCAUUGAGUGUCGGGAGCCACACUUGGAGGCCUCACAGGACUUGGAAUUACUGGCUCAGGAGAUUGCAGAGGCAGCUGUUGAGGACGAGAGGAAGUCCAGAACGCCUUCACCUUCACCACCACAGACGUUGCCUUCCUUAGCGUGUGAAGCGGCGACAAGGGAAGACUCGCCUGAGGAGGACCAGGAAGAGGAGGAGAAGGAGGAGGACGACGACGACGACGAUGAUGAUGAAGGUCUUGACAAGUGUGAAGACGACCUGACUCAGCUGGAAGAGGAGGCAGCCGACAAAGUAAGGCCGAGUAGUCCCGUUGACGAGGCUUCAUGGGUACUGGUCGAUGCUACUGACGAUGAAGCAUGCAACUCAGAGUUUCCAGAACAGAAAUUUAGUGUUUAUAGAAAAUUUUUGGCCCGUGGAGACCUGCGUCAGAAAUUAGCAGACUUGGGAUUCUUCACUGACCCCACUGCAGAGGCCUCUGGUGACGACAGGCUGACGGAGCAGAGUCUUCAGAACCUGGUGAUGUCCUGCUCCGAGUCCAUAGUGAUCUGUGACCUUCCUGAGGAGGGCGAGGGCGAGGACAGCACCGGCCAAGUGUUCAUCAAGGACUCCCCGGACGGGCCUGGGAUGCCGAGCUGGAGAGGCAGCAUCGCAGGUGCCACGGUGGAGGUGGAAAUGGAGCGCCGUGGUGGACUGAUGGUGGCUGCCGUGACCGUGUGGCACCGUGAUCUCCUCUCCGCCCUCAACUCCCUCAGAAAUCUCGUCUCCUCGGCAGGCCUGGUGUCCUACGCAGAUGUAGAUGUGACCAGCCUGCUUGCCCGCGCCGCCUGAAUACCCAGCCCCUUUACCCUACGUGUCCUGCUGCUCCUGACCUGCCUACAGCUCUAUACAUAUGCAAAGUGUCACCUUCACGUCAAGGUUGUGACAUACUAUCAUCGUCGUCGGCCAGUCGCUUUCCUGAGUGCCGAGCUCAUGUCGCCACCACGCUUCAGAUCCUCAAGCCGUGCUGGUGCCAGGGCCAGGACAAGUAUCACCUGCUGGCACGCACUCCACCGUGGCAGUCAAUUUCCCAAGUCGGUGCCAAAUGUGCCUUUAAUCAUUUCAAAUCAUCUCACUUUGCUUCGAAAUACGAGUACAGCUUUUCUUUCAUGACAUUAGGCAAUAUCUUGUAAAGAAAUAUCAUUACGGCUUAACUAUUAACUUCUCCUGUAUUAACUUUAACACAAGACACUAAAAAGAAAUCUUCGUAUCGUCAUCGUCACUUUUCUAUCGGAUGAAUCACUUCCAUGCAUAUUUUCUUCCAGUCGAAUGAGACAAGUAACAUCUUGACGUACGUUCGUUUGUUGUCGUAUAUUCCGUUUUCUACCAGAUAAGCGUUCCCUUUACGUACAAAGACUAUUUUAUAUUUCUGUCCUUAAAUUCUUUAUCACAUCGCUUCCAAGUCACUCCCUGGAAGUACAAGUGUCUGCCUGGAGUGAGCUGUGGCAUUAAAUGUACGUAUUAUAAAACAGAAAUAGAUAGUCAGGUUUGAGCUUAGGUUUUUAAGUCAGUGUUUUUUUUGUUAAUAUCGUUUUACGCAUCGCUGACUUGUAGUUCUUUUAACAUAACAUAUCUCGUCGUGGCACUAACAGCCUGCGCAGUGCGAGUAAGUCUGUCUGGUGACCGCGUCUUCCUCAGCUCAAGUUCCCUGGCCGCGCAGGGUCGCUGGUCAGCACCUCCAACAACAUAUCAUUAUGACGUCGCAUCCCAUCCGGAAGGGAACUGUAUUUAUUGUUCAUAGUAUUAGACGAUCUUCUGGUAUUGGCCAUGUAAGGAAACUCUACCCGUCGAGCGGAGGCCAAGUGUCUCCUGUGCCGUGUUCCCCGCGUGGCUUCGUCGGCUUCGUGUGAUCAGGUUAUGAUACAAAACUAUUAAUUUUGAUAUACGUUAUAAAGAAGUCAUGUGAUGAAUCCAAAUAUCAUUAAUGUCAUUAGAUCUAAGGUAGUAAUUCGGAAAAUAAAUCAUCGUGUGCCCAUUUGACGUGCCCUUGCUUCGGCAUUUUGAAAGAAGUGGGUUAAGAUAAUGAACGAGACCCUCUGUACCAUUACUUGCAUGAUAACUGUACUUACGCACGCUAACAUUGCACUCAUAAUGCGUGUCACUACUUUCUGAAUAAUUCAAUUAGGUUGUGCAAGGAAAAUGUUAUUUGUAACAAACUUAACAGUGUUUCAUAAAAUUUUUCUUAGUAUUUUUUCUAACGUUCACACGUUAUUCACAGAUUAACGUACUCAUAGUAAGAGAGUGAGCUAGAAGGUGAAAAUGUUUUAAAAUACAAAAUUUUUAAAUGCUACUUUAAAAACAAAAUGUUUAAAAAUAUAAGACUAAAAAAUGUUACUUUAAAGAUAAAAUAGAAAAAAAAAAAUAUUUUUCUCAGUAUAAAAUAAAAAAAAGGCAAUACUGUCUAUCAAUGUAAGACAAAAAAAAAAACAUGGUUUCUUUCAAUAUAAAGUAGAAAUAAGAAUUUUUUUUUUUCCAGUAAUCAAUCAUGUAGAUACAAUCGGUCAGUGACAGAGGAGAUCUAAUUUAUCACCCAGCCUUGUGAUCUUCCUCUCCUAUCGCAGCAACUUGACGCCUAACGAUAACUCGGCUUUAAAAUUGCGAUCGUUGUCAACUUUAUCUGUCAUUGACUCUACUGUACCAUCAUUGUGGAUUUGUCGUCGUGCCUUGUUAGAUCCGAGCCUUCCUCAAUCUUGCCCAGAGUCUCCUUCUAGUCGCGUGUGUUGCUGCUGGUUUUGACUUCCGAUUACAUAAAGCUAUCACCAAGGGACCACAUCCCCGAACAGCUCGUCGUCUCAGCUCCACCACUUUUAGCAAGCUUUAGUGGAAAUGUUUGAGGUUCCAGUGAUUCUUCAUGAUUCUUGUGAUAGCUUAGCAAAGAUUUAGCUUCAUUAAUAUAUAUAUUAAUAUAUAUAUAUAUAUAUAUAUAUAUAUAUAUAUAUAUAUAUAUAUAUAUAUAUAUAUAUAUAUAUAUAUAUAUAUAUAUAUAUAUAUAUAAACACUCAUGUGAAUCUAACAAAUCAAUUAUGUUAUCUUAUUAUGUUAUCUUAUGUUAUUUCUCAUGAGAACCAAUUCUAGCGAGGACAUCAUUCUUGGGUAUUAUUAUUCAUCCUCGUUUUCAAAAUCAAGACCAAGCUGGUUCUCACAGCAAACACACGUCAGAAUAGUGUAUGUAGUGCAUGAGGCAUGAUGAGAAGAUUUGGCACAUACGUGUAAUACCUUCGCUUGAUAUUAUGUACGUACACACUGUUGUCUAAUUGUACUUAAAACUUUCCAUUGUUGUCACGUCGCGUUGUCACAAACUUCAUCGGUGUUAAUUACUUUUGCUUCUGAAGAUGACAAUGCACAAAUAGUGAAUUCAUUGUUCAUUUAAUCGGAAGACAUCAGUUUAUUAAAGACAUGUGUUACCUCGUCUUUCUUUCAAAUAUACGUGUAGGUUUUUAAUCUACAAAUGUAAAUUAAGGGUUUAAUCUUAUAUAUGUAUUUUUGUCACAUACUUCUGCGUUAUUUUUAGCAGCCUUUAUAUAUUUCUCUCUCUCUCUCUCUCUCUCUCUCUCUCUCUCUCUCUCUCUCUCUCUCUCUCUCUCUCUCUCUCUCUCUCUCUCUCUCUCAGCUUUUACGUCGCUGUAUCUCGCCGCUUUCUUCCAUUUCCUUUCCUUUCUUGUAACCGUUUUGCCUUUUGUGGUGGCAUAAUUUCAUGUAUUGUAAAUUGUAAAAAGCAUAAAAAUAAUAUAUUUUACGUAUGAAUAAAAAAUCUAAAACCCA